GAUUUCCGGGUUUCUGGAGCAGGCGGCGACGUUACGCUGAGCUACUGCCCUUGUCUCACCUCGUGUCUCUCUCUUUCUACUUUCGGAAAAAGAGUAAAAAUUAACACGAAGCGUUGAAAAAGCUCUCUUCGAGCUUCUGCGACGAAAAUAGAAAAACAGCCCGAGUCUCUGGUGGGAAAAAAAGCUCGCCGCAUCCAGGGGUGGCUGAGCCACAGCGUAAAAAGGUCAACGGGGGUUGCGCGCGCAGCUCUGACGUAGUGGCACGAGUCGAGGGCUUUUCAGAACAUGGCGCCGCGCAGCAGCGAGCCCGGGCUUCUGCUGCCGAAGGGCAGGACCAUUGUUUUUGACUGCCAGUGAAGAAAGAAACUGCCGUCGCAUGUUUUGAGAUCGUCGUGCUUCGGAGUUUACGUGGACGAUCGAGCUGGGAAUGACAGAGGCGUCACCAUGCCGAGAGAGGAAUGCGGACUGCUGCUACUUGUGCUUGUGAUGAUUCUGUUCGGCAGCAGCUCUAAUGGUCAGUUGAUGUCAAAGGAGCACAGAACGCACGCGGCAUCCGAGCGAAAGGAUGAUUUAUGGUGCUACCAGUGCGACACCAUCGGCGAGGGUGACAGCUGCGUUAAUCUUACCGGAAACCACAGCUCGCUCAUACAAAAAUGCAAGGACGACAAACGCACAUGCAUGGUGAAGCGCUUCUCGUACACGACGAGCACCGAGAACUCGACCUCGGUGCCGAUGAUGUGGGGUCUGGAGCGGAACUGCACCAACAAAUGCGAGCCCGGCUGCAUCGUCAUCGGCGAGCGCACCAAGCUCUACGCCUGCACUGCCUGCUGCGAGAAGUCGCUCUGCAACAGCGGCACCGGCACAGCCAACGAUCUCACGACCAAGGAAUCCGAAUUCUUCCUCGCGCUCGCGCUACAAAUCGUCCUUACCAUCACCCUGUUACCAUCGUGACAUCCGCUGUAACAUAAUAAACACGUUGAUUCUAGUAUUUCUUA